AUGAAUAAUGAAACGGACUUACAAAGUGGGACAGCAGAUGGGAAUAGUACACGUGUAAUAACUUUUCAAUCCAAUUCAACACCUUUAGCCACGGAUAUUGAUAACUUUUCACUCGAACAGUACACGAAUCAACUAUCAACUACGGCUACGAGCACACUAGUAGAGGGUCUUCUUAACAGCGUUAGUGAGGCUAUCAGCGAUGCCGUAGGCAAUAUAACUUCUUCUUUAUCAGGAAAUGAAUCCGCAAGCCUGCAUUCUUCAUUAGCCUCUAACAGCGGGAAUUUUCCCGUUAUUCAUAAUGAAACAAUUGGCAACACUGCGGAAAAUUUUCUCCCUGGAGGAAGCUCAAAAGAAGCAUGUGUAUUACUAAAUACUUUUAUUUUCCUUCUUCCCUUCCUUUCACUCUUGAUCAUAAUUCCCCUCGCAGCGUUUUUAUACGACAAAACCCCACUUGGAACAUGUUACAAUAGAGUGUGUGACCUUCUGUGCGGUAUCCCCGAGGAGGAUGAACAGGAUAACGGAGAUGGAAAUGAAACAUAUGGUGACAUUGAGAAAGGAGCCUACGCAGGUGGCACCCGAAGGACAAAUUCGGAUCACCGUGAUUGUGCAAAAAAUAAAAAAAAAAAAAAAAAACAUAGAAGAAGGCGGAACUCAUAUAAUUUUAGGAAUCCCGCUUUCACCGAAUCUUAUGUACGAGAGCUUGGCGUUACUUAUUGGGGUAAUGAAAUUGGAAAUAACUUUUUUAACCCCUCAUUACAUGAGACAUAUGUUAAUACGCUUACGGGAGUUGGAGAAGAUAAAGAUCACAAUGGCAAUGACAAUAGAGGGACUCCUACUGAUAAAAGGAAAUAUAAAGAAAAUGAUGCUGUUGAGGGCAUAGGACAUGUGAACUCUGCUUUUUACUCGCCAUCACUAGAAUCGGGCGCAAAUAAUUUUGAAGAGAUUCAUUUAUGA